AGCAAACAGCAGCCGGCGAAGCGCUGCUGUUGAUCUCCCCCUGGCUGGCAUCCCCCCAGCCUUCCUCGGCGGAGGGAGCAUUAUGCAAUCACACCCCCUCCCCUCCUUCCCGGCUUUGAUGGGAUGGAAAACAAGGAGCGAAGGAGACAUAACAUUUCUCUCCUCCUCCCCGCCCUCGUUCCCCCGCAGAAGUAGCCGCCGCCGCCGCCGCCGCAGCAGCAGGUCCUCCCGUCCCGGUUGCCUUGGGGGAAGAAAGGGGGAGGGCUCCUCUCGUGUGCUCUUUGGGCACCUCCGUGAGCUCUGCUGUCCCACGGCAAGAGAGGUUGGUUUCAGCAGGAAAAGGAAGGCGAUCGAGCAGGGACCGGGCGGGGAAGGGGGGCCGCCCCGCGUGGGUCUGGAUCCCAUUAGCGAUCCGUGACAUCCUCCCGCGGAGAGGCAACGCCAGGCCAGCAGGGCGAUGCAGCCAAGCAGUGGCCAUCUUCUACUACUACUACUCCUGCUGGUGAACAUCCCUGAUGGCUUCCUGCUUGAGAACCACGAUGAAGAGGAGGAUGACAAUGAGGACGACCUGCCACUGGCAACGUCCCAGCCCAGGGGGGGCAUUCCUGCCCAGAAUGUGCCUGGCUGCCCAGCCAACUGCAUCUGCCCAGCAGAGGAGACCGUGGAUUGUGGAGGCCUUGACCUGCAUGUUUUCCCCAGCAACGUCUCCAGGGUCAUCCAGCAUCUCUCACUGCAGAAUAACCAGCUGCAGGAGCUGCCGUACAACGAGCUGUCUCGGCUGACUGACCUGAGGACCCUGAAUCUCCACAACAACCACAUCACCUCUGUGGGUCUCCCAGAUGAAGCCUUCGAAUCCCUGCAGUUGCUUCAGUACAUCUACCUGGCCAACAAUAAGCUGUCAGUAGCACCGCACCUCCUGCCCAGCACGCUGCGCAUUGUGGACCUUGCUGCCAACCGCCUGACACGCAUCUACCCACUCACCUUUGGGCAUAAACCUGGUCUCCGGUCUGUUUAUCUGCAUAACAACCAGCUGAACAACACUGGCCUGCCCUUUAAUGCUUUCAACGGCUCUGACUCAGUCAGCACCCUAAUCCUCUCCAGCAACCGGCUCACCUACAUGCCCCAGAACCUGCCCGCCGCCAUCGUUCGCCUCCAUUUACAGAAUAACCACAUCUCCAGCAUCCCUAAAGGGGCCUUGAGCAACCAGUGGCGCCUCCGGGAGCUCUACCUGCAGAACAAUAACCUGUCGAAUGAGGGCCUUGACCCCUCCACAUUCAGCAAGCUGAAGAGCCUGGAAUACCUGGACCUUUCCAGCAACAGCUUGACUGAGGUGCCUGCUGGCCUCCCGGCAAACAUGGUCAUCCUGCACCUGGGCCGGAACCACUUGAGCACGCUGCCGCCUGGCCGCCUGAGCCGUGUGCGGGGCCUGCAGUACCUCCUGCUCCAGAGCAAUGUCUUGACAGCAUCGGGGGUGCACCCAGAGGCCUUCUCCCACCUGCGCUCCCUACACACGCUCCACAUGUACAACAACCGGCUGGAAUGCGUCCCGCCUGGACUCCCGCGGCGCGUCCGCUCCCUUAUGCUCCUGCACAACCAGAUCACGCACAUUGGGCUGCACGACUUUGCCGCCACCUACACCUUGACUGAGCUCAACCUCAGCUACAACCGGCUUUACAGUGCUCGCAUCCACCGCCUGGCUUUCCGCAAGCUGAGGCGCUUGGAGACCCUGGACAUCUCAGGCAACCAGCUCACGCUUUUGCCAGCCGGGCUGCCCUCCAGCCUCCAGGUCCUCAAUCUCCAAAAGAACCAGCUCAACUCCCUUUCUCCAGAGCUGCUAACCAACCUCACCGUGCUCAAGGAGCUACACCUGGCACACAACCGCCUGCAGAUCAGCAGCAUCUCCCCAGGCACUUGGCAGGAACUGCACGGGCUCAAGCUCCUGGAUCUGAGCUACAACGAACUGUCCUAUGUCCCCCCUGACCUUCCAGAAUCACUAGAAUAUCUAUACCUGCAGCACAACAGGAUUGCCAUCCUUAGGCCUGAGGCCUUCCUCACAACACCCAACAUCCGUGUCAUCACUCUCAGAUCCAAUCGUUUGUUGGCAGCCAAUGUGUCUGAAGAGGCAUUUGCUGAUCUGAAACUGCUGGAGGUAGUAGAUACAACAGGAAACCCAGAGCCCAUCACCAUCUCUCUGUUGCAAACUGGACAAUGGAUCCAACCUCAGAUGGGCACCUAGGAAAGUGACCCAGAGCAGCUCACCACCCUAAGUUCCCUUUGCAUCACACUGCUUCCUUAGGCCUCUCGGGCCAAGAUCGUCUCAGCAUCUUGUCCCCAUCAGGGGCAAACUUCAAGAGGGAUUUGCAUUGCCAGUGCUUGCUCUUCUAGUCUCAGCCAGCUGCACAGAGACAAACCACUACAGUAUGCUCUGUCGGCCUUCCCAGGGAACAGGGCUCAGCUACAGCCAUCCAGUUCAAGAGACAAAGAGAUGGAGAAAAAGAGGGAGGCUGCAUGAUACCAGAGCACUAACUACAGCUGCUAGUGGAUCCUGAUUUCCAAUGGAUUUGUGCUUACUCUAGGGUAGGCAACUGUACUCAUGAAGAAGUUGAGAAGUCUCCACAGAACAGGGAAGAAGUGACAGGCAAGGCCAGCUGAAGGUACCUGUGUGCCCCUCUGCUCACCUAUAGCUUGUUGGAUGCAGAGCUGCGUAGGACUUAAAAGAGCACUUGCUGUCCAUUCCUCCUCCUGCAUCACUCCUUCAACAGAUGAGCCCAAACAGUUUGGAAAUGGAGUUUCUACCUAAUCUAGAUGACAAGGAAGUUAACUAGUAACUACUAUCCCUUGGAACAAAACAAAAAAAAGCUGUUUCCUGUGUGUCACACUCAAGUGCGAUCUCUCUUGGGGGAGAUGGACUGAAUGAAAUCCAUGUUGCUUAGCAUCAUACAGAACCACUGGGUAGCUUAUGGACGUCCCAUCUGGACAAAAGAUUUCAGAUAACAGUGGGUAGGAGAGGGGUGCCAUCAUUUAGGGAUUAGGAGGUGACAAGCUCAGCUUCAGCACAAACCUCGGCUUUCCCUGCAGCUAUCAGUUGAGAUGAUGAAAGUCACAGCUGGAACAAGGCAGAGCAAACAGAAUAUGUUGAAAGCAAGAGGAACCCAGGGUAAAAAACAAGUUUACUCAAUAGCCAGCACCCACAUUCCUCUUCCUGGCCACCCCAUGCUCUCCUCCAUACCACCUCAUUCUGCUUAAGAAGAAGCUUAGUUUCGUAGUACCAGACUGAGUCCGUGCCUUUUGGCAGUUGGUACUUCAUCUGCAAUUACUGGAAAGAUAAAUAUGUUUUAGUGAAAGACGAUAAGGUAAGAAGGAUUACGUGCAAGAUUCCAUCAGGAUGAGGUCUUUGCUGCUGAACUGACCCAUCAAAACACCACUGAAGAAAAGGAGGUUUCAACAAGGUUUUAUUAUUGGUGCAAGAUUCCAGUUUGGGUAUUACAUACAGAGGGUUUUGUUUUUUUAAUUCCUCCCCCUAAAAACUUUAUAUUUAUGUCAACUCUAAGCAUAAAAUAAAGUCAUAACUGAU